UCCUGCUGAUCUUUACGACAGUUUCACAAACACACUGCCGUCACGCUUUACGGUAAAGUGUGUAGCUCGCUCUCCAGACCCAGCAGCUGUCAGAAGGCAAUGCGCAUUGGACUGCCAAGUGCAGAGACACUGCAAGGUGGAUCCUUAAAAGCUUUGGUUGUGACGGUGCUCCUGAGUGUGUUUAUGUUCCAGCUGCUGAGGACUGUUGGACUGAGGGCGUUUUCCAUGGCAUCUGAGACGUACACGUCGGGCACACACUCCGCCGCCUUCGUCACUUGCCCUAACGACACGGUGGCUAGAGAUUUGGCCAGGGGCAUCGUGGAAAAGAAGCUAGCAGCGUGCGUCAACAUUGUCCCAGCGAUUAAAUCUGUAUAUGAAUGGCAGGGGAAGAUUGAGGAGGACAACGAGGUGCUGCUGAUGAUCAAAACAAGAAGUUCCAAGGUGCCUGCUCUCGCUGAAUAUGUCCGCUCUAAUCAUCCUUAUGAAGUGGCCGAGGUCAUCAGCCUGCCUAUAGACCAGGGCAACCCGCCCUACCUGAAGUGGAUAGGAGACAUCGUCCCUGAGUAAGGAUGGACUGAUGGAUGAGUGGAAGAACUGGUUAACAGAACAAAUGUAAAAAAAAAUCAUUUGAAACCGUACAAUACUAUAGAUACUGUCCAAAUCGAGAGAUGAGUCAUUUUUUCUCCAAGUCCUUAAUAUGUUUCCCUUCCAGUAUGUUAACCACUAGAGGGCAGCCCUGUUCUUUUAUUUUCAAAGUUAACCAGAUGCCAGAAUAAACUGAGCAGCAACAGCUUGGACUUGUUUGAAGCCGACACUAAAAUGUUUCAUCAGUUAGAUUCCGGAUUUUGUUUGUAAAAGAAUAAUUUUCAAAUAAAGUGAAGCAUUAUUUUUUA